AUGCCCAGAGGAUCACGAAGAAGCAACUCUUUUUACCUCUCCACCCUCCUCCUCCCACUCCCCUCCUGCACCCACCCUCCCCAUGACCCCCGGUUCACUAGGUUCAAGCCGGGAAACGCGUUCUGGAUCAUUGGGGCGCACACGGACAGCCCGUGCCUCAAGUUAAAGCCCAACAGCAAGGCGAGCAAGGCGGGGUUCCUGUCCGUGGCCGUGCAGACGUACGGAGGGGGCCUGUGGCACACAUGGUUCGACCGUGACCUUGGGAUUGCCGGCCGGGUCAUCCUCCGCCACGUGGAGGGCGAGGAGGGGGGAGAAGGGGGGGCAGGGGAGGGAGGCGGGGAGGGAGGGAAGACGCAGUCGGUGGCGCGGGUGCGGUUGGAGCAUCGGCUGGUGCAGAUAGAUCGGCCCAUAAUGCGCAUACCCACGCUCGCCAUUCACCUUGACAGGGAGGUGAACACGAGUGGGUUCAAGCCCAACACUCAGACGCACCUGCUGCCUGUGCUCGCCACUGCCAUCAAGGAGGAGCUGAACCGACCAGCCCCUGCGAGUGAGAAUAGCUCCAAGGAGGGCGAGGCGAAGGAGAAGGGCAAGGGGAAGAAGGAGGAGGCCGCUGAGAGGCACCACCCCUUGCUUCUGCAGCUCCUGGCGUCCGAGCUAGGCUGCUCCCCAGCAGCCAUAGCGGAUUUCGAAUUCGACCUGCAGCUGUGCGACACACACCCCAGCGCCAUUGCUGGUGCAUGCAUGCAUAACCUUUUCCCCCUCUCCACCUCUCCUCUCCCCCAUCCCCUUCUCCAGCUCCUGGCAUCGGAGCUGGGCUGCUCGCCAGCAGCCAUAGCGGAUUUCGACCUGCAGCUGUGCGACACUCACCCCAGCACCAUCGCCGGUGCUCUCAACGAGUUCAUCUUCUCUGGCCGCCUCGACAACCUCGCCUCCUCCUUCGCUGCCCUGCAGGCACUACUGGCAGCAGGGGAGAGUGAGAGCGAGGAGGCGGAGAGUGGGGUGCGCAUGGUGUUGCUGUUUGACAACGAAGAGUGUGGCAGCGACUCCGCUCAGGGUGCCGGCUCCCCUCUGCUGCUCGACGCCAUUCGCCGCGUCAAUGCUGCCUGCACUAGCAAUGCUGCUGGUGCAUCAGAGGGAGUGGUGGAGCGAUGUCUGCAGAAGAGCUUUGUGGUAUCAGCUGACAUGGCGCACUGCCACCACCCCAACUACCCCGAGAAGCACGAGGAGCUACACCAGCCCAAGAUGCACAAGGGGUUGGUGAUCAAGCACAACGCCAACCAGCGCUACGCCACCACUGCUGUCACCGCUGCUCUCUUCCGCGAGGUUGCCACGUGUCAUGGCAUUCCCGUGCAGGACUUUGUGGUGCGCAACGACACGGGAUGUGGCAGCACCAUAGGACCCAUCCUCGCCUCAGGGGCGGGCAUUCGCACUGUAGACGUGGGUGCGCCGCAACUGUCGAUGCACAGCAUUCGGGAGAUGUGUGGCACAGAUGACAUCGGGCACAUGGUCAACCACUUCACAGCUUUCUUCAAAGAUUUCCCUACCUUGGAUGCUAGUCUUACCGUGGACUAG